AUGGGGAACGCGCUGCGGAAGGGCAAGGAGGCCCAGGGGGUGCUCGGAAAAAUACUUAAUAGCAUCUACGCGGCGUUUUCAAUUCAUGGCCAAGACAGCUCGCGGAAGAACAAAGCUAAAGAUGGAGGAACGGAAGAAGGUGCAUCUGCAAAGAGGGAAGCCGAAAAAGGAAAAAACAAUUUCCUUCUAAGAGCUGUAGCCGACAUGACGAAAGGGGAAAAGACGCUGCUCACCAUCGCCUUCGCAUUUUUAGCCAUCAAUGCGUACACCAACUUGAGUUACCCGAAGAUUAUGGGGGAGUGCGUCGAGACGGCGAAUCUCGCUCAGGGGGGUGCAGGCGCAGUUAGCGCGGUUAGCGCGGUUAAUGGAAGUGGCAGCGUUGUCGGUGGAGGCGUCGAUGGCAUCGUCAACGGAAGCGUCAGCGGAAGCGGCACUGGGGCGCCCUCCAAGUGCAACUUUCUGUUGACCCUCGUGCAGAAGACCAAAAUUUUAAACAAACUGUUCCUGGGCACCCCGGAGAGAGGCGGGCAUGCCGUGUUCUGCUUCCUACCGUACUUCAUCUGUGGAGGUGUGGCGUCCUACUUUAGAAUAUACUUCACAAACAAGUGCAUUAAGAAGGUGGAGAACCGAUUAAAAAAAAAAGUGCACAAAACGAUCAUUACACAAAACAGUGAAAAAUUUAAUUCGCAUAAAUCACCAGACUAUCUCAUCAACUGCGUUUUUAACGAAAUAAAAUUUUCAGCCAAGCAGUUGAUUACGUCUAUCACACAAAUGGUACGUUAUGGGAACUCCAUCCUCGGGGGAAGUAUCUCGAUGAUAUGCAUAUCUCCUUACUUGACCAAACUGUGUGUCUUCGUUGUACCCACCUAUGGGUUUCUUGUCCUGUUGAUUUUGAGAAAACUCAAAAGUAUUAAAAUGAAGGCAUCCAAUUGUGAAGAAAAACAAAUGGCUAGAUUGUCAGACAUUUUACAAAAAAAAAAUGUCAUCUCAUUUUUUGGAAAUGAUUAUCAUGAAAAUAGUUUUUUUUGUAAAAACUUAAAAUACAUGAACAAGCUAAAUGAGAGAUACACAAAUUGGGAGUCCCUGUUUUAUUCCUUCCUCAAUAUAGGAAGCAAUAUUGUUAUAUGCUCUAUCCUUUGCUUUGGAAGAAGCGAACUGAACAAGAAAAAUAUCACCCAUGGGUUAGGUAUUGUGGGCAUGUUAAAAUUGAAAAAGGAUCUCGGGGUUCUCCAGCUAAGUCUACAGAAGAUAUACGAAAUUGUGGACUUCACUCCGGUGAGGAAUGCAGAACGGGAUGAGAGGACACCCAUAGAGAGGGGAGAUAUUUCUAUCGAGAUGGAAAACCCAAUAGGAGGCGGCACCCCCACCAUUGGCGAUGUGAUGAAUGGAGAGGCCUCCCCUCUGACUGGGGACUCAUGUCCAAGAAGCCUCCGCGGAAGCCUCAAAUUCGAAAACGUCCACUUCGCCUACAACGCAUUCGAUGCCAGCAAGAGGAAGGAUGUCCUAAAAAACAUAAACUUUGAAAUAAAAGAAAAAGAAAAGGUAGCUAUCAUAGGUAAGAGCGGGUCUGGAAAGUCAACCCUGUGGAAGCUCCUCACCACGGACUAUGACUACCAGGGGAAUAUAUACAUUGACAAAUAUGACUUAAAACAUAUAAAUAAAACGUAUUUUAAAAAAUGCAUCAUAUCGGUUAGUGAGCAGGACUGUUGCGUCCUGAAUAGGUCUCUGUACGAAAAUUUAGUCUAUGCCUUGUUGCCUGUAGAAAUUGAGGGCAAGCAGGAGUUACCAAAAGUUAUCCCCAUGGGGGUGGAGCAGUCGCGUUGGGAACUCGCAGGGCGGAUUUGCAAUUCUCAGCCGAGGAGUAGUUCUCAGCCGAGGAGUAAUUCUCAACCGAGGAGCAUUUCUCAGUCGACUCGCCCGAAGGAAGGAGAAGAAGGCACACCAAAUGAAAAGCCAAACGAAGCUGCCCACAACCAACUUGAAUCCUGCAACACGUCCAACACACUCCCGGGUGAAGGCAAAAUAAUUCCAAGCAGUGAGGAAGCCCAACUGAAGGACCAGGUCAAUUACGCUCUUCUGGAGGAGUACGGAAAGGACAAACUAAGCCACAUAAACGAAACAUUAAGUGAAUUGUGCGAGCAGUUAGAUUUGACCCAGUUCAUACACUCCCUACCAGAAAAUAUUCACACAAGUAUCCAAAACAGUGCCAUGUCGUCUGGGCAGAGACAAAGAAUAUCAAUCAUCCGAUCUUUAAUAAAAGACACUCCAAUUUAUGUCUUCGAUGAAAUCACUUCAUUUCUAGAUGAGUCCAACGUAGAAAGAGUCUACAACUUAAUUAAUACGAUAAUACCUAAUAAGACAAUUAUUUACAUCACACACUCAGUCAAUAUAUUGCACCAUAUGGAUAAAAUAAUUAUCGUCGAUCAAGGAAGGAUAAGUUCCAUUGGGACCUUCAAUCAAAUUAAGAAUGACCCCAUUUUCUUGGACAUCUUUUCACACUCGAAAGUGGCGUCUAUAUGA